GAAAGGGGGAGACAGCAUCAUAUUUCUAGCAAGCAAAGUCAAGACAAAGACAGUUGAAGUGAGUUACACCCCAUAUCAAAAUACCCCUUUUUGUUCAACUUCAAAUUCAAGAAUCUUUAUUAGUCCAAAAUACAGUAACCUGUUAUUCGUUAUUGUUCGUUGAUUUUUCCCUUUUUGCUUUUGAUGUCUGUGUUCUUGUAACAAAACUGAAUCUUGAGGCAAGGAUAAACAAUGGGAAGAGGAAGGACCAUAUAUAUGCUGUCUAUGUAUAUCAUAGAUAGUUUGAAACAGAGUCUGCAUGAUCAACAGUACUGUACAAUUUUAGAAGCCGCAAUUCAAAACAUUUUACUUCAUAUGCAUACAAUAUCUAAGAUAGAUUCUGCAGGGAAUAUGAACAUUUCACUCUCAUCCCCCCUGUCUGUUUUGAAAACGGCUUGUUCUAGACUCAGAACUGUUAAAAAUUCUGUUACCCCACCACCAGGGUUGUUUCUGCUGUAAGUUGUUAUUAGUUGUCACCGAGUCUUUGAGAAGCCAAUCAAAGUGAAAACUUCAUUCCACUAACAAAAAAGUAUGUGAUGUAUUCUUGAUGAAUGCAGACAACAAAGAUUUGAUACCAAACCUUGUAAAUGAACCAGAUGCUUUUCUUACUUCUUUUUCAUCUUUUUAUUUGUCAGUUUAGGUAACUUUUUGUCCCCGUUUUCCACGGUGAAUUCAUCAACAAUCCUUACUCAUACACAUGUAUAAAUUUAUGUGUGCAACAAAGAAUUGAAUAACCAAACUCAUUGAAGUUACCUAAACUCGAGUUUAAUUUAAUUAGUCCAGUGGGGGUUCUCUACUGUGUGGUGUGUUCCUAAAGAAUGUCUAACCAACAAAGACCAUUUUCAUGGUUCCGUUUAGCUCCUUUUGGUCGCCAAACACAACCAACUCCAGCUCCAACUCCACCACCAACCCCUCGGCCAACAGCAUUUCGAUCUCCUGCUCCACGACCAUAUAGGCCUCCUGCCCCUCAGCCUCGACCAACCAUUCGACCACCUGCUGCCACAUCUCCUCCUCCACCUGCUACUCCAAUUCGAGCAUUUUUCCCUGCACCAAAAUCUCCAACACCAUCUACUGCCCCUGUCUCUCCAGCCAAAUCAAUACUUCCUUCAUCACCUACAUCUCCUGCAUUUCUCCCAAUUGCUUCCUCUUCCUUCAGCUUAAAAAGCCCUGAAACCAAGACCCCUGCCCCUUAUUCCUCUUCAUUGACCACUGCUCCACUCCCAAAACCAACAGCACCUCCACCUCCUUCCCCUGCCACCACCACUCUCACUGCUCCUACUACUUCAAGAGUCGUCAAGCCAAGGAACGAAUCACCACCAAAAUUACACCCCGAAACAAAGCCUCUGUUUCGUCUACCCGGGAAAGAAGCCCCUGGAAAUUCUAAGAUGAAUGAGAAAUCUGCUAUGGAUAACAACAAAGUUAGUAGUACUAAAUUUGAAAAAUUACCAAGGAGGUUGGUAACACUGAUCGGCGAAAACAAAGGGGCAAUAAUGCUAUUGAAACCAAAUUCCAUCAAGAAAUCUUAUACUACUACUAGUAAUGUAUUUGGAGGUAAGUCCCAAACGGUUGGCAAGAAAGAAGAAGGCAAUAGUGAUCAAAAGAAGAAGAAAGAAGAUGAAAGUGACAUGGAAGAAUCUACUAUGUUCAUUAACAGUAAUGUACAAGGAGUGAACAACUCGAUUUUAGACGAAUCGAGUUUCACUGAUCAUGAUCCUGGUUUCCAUAUCUUCUUCUCAACAGAUUAAUUAUAGAUACAAUGUGUUCUUGGCGAAACGCAAGCAUAUGAAGUUCGGGUAACAAUAAUAUAUACUAUAUACUAUAUGAUGUUUGAGAAAUUUUUCCAAUUGAUAAUAAACAAAUUAAAAUGAGGAGGACGUGGAUUCUGGAUUCACCAUGUUUGAGUUGUACUCCACCUUUCAUGUAAUAUAUUAUCGGCAUUAAUUUAUGAAUUUCCUUUCAACUUGU